AUGGCUAAGAUGAAAGGAAUGCUCUUUCUCCUCAAGGAGCAACAAGGAGGUAUCAUUUAUUUUUUUUACAGAAUGUUGUAAAUCUUCUGUAAAUGUAAAUCUUCUGUAAAUCAAAAUCUUAUUAAAUGUAAAUCUUUAGGAUGAGGUUUAGACUGUACUUACAGGAGGUGGGAUUUACUUCGUUCUAGGUAGAAGUUCUUGUUAGUUAAUCUGCUUGUACUAAGUUUAGACUGUACUUACAGGAGCCUUCUGGGAUUUACUUCUAGGUAGAAGUUGUUAGUUAUGCUUGUACUAAGUUGUACUUGUUCGUUGUACUUGUGCCAGUAGGUUUAGGUAGUUCUUGUUGAUGUUUCUUGAAUGAUUAUAAUGAUGACGAUCUCGAUCCCUCAGUUUUCAUCCGCAAUUCAUCCCUUCUCCAACUACAACUUCAACACAGGUGGUCCGCUUACCAGAGCAAGUGUAAUGGCGUCCUUGAUGAACAUGCAGUCCAUGUCACAAGCAGGAGGAGUCAAGAGUCAAGGAGGAAACGAAAAUGCUGGUGCUUCCUUCUUUCAAAGUCAAGGCGGAGGUGGUGUUGCAAGCUUUUUCAAGAGCACUGUUGGUGGAGACGGUGAUGCAGACGAUGACUGGGGAGAUGAAGAUGACGAUUGGGGCGAUGACGAAGAGGGUGGAGGGUGGCUGACGACGGUUUUCAACGAUGAAUUUCAGGUGGAUGACGACGAAAUGUUUACAGGAAAAGCAAACAUUGCGAAAGAAUGGUAUACAACUCUAUAAUUCUUGCAGAUAAAAUAAAAUUGUUGAAUAUGAAUAAUUCUGAUCGCUCCAUCUCUGAAGUUGAUGAAGGUGUUCAAUUAUGCGAACUUCAUCAUACAUUACUUUCUUUAUCUCAUUCUUACAUUAGACAUUCUUUAUCUCAUCCUCUUCCUCAAUCUCAUUUGUCCUAGUCCUUUUAUUUUGCUUAUAUUUUCUAAUCCUACUUAGGAAGGCUCCAUUAGUACUCGACGUCUAUUACGUACUUACUAAUUCUAAUGUCGAGCUCGAGGACUGAAGAUACAUCAAGGCUCAGUUUUAGACGGUUAAUUCGCUAUUAUGAGUACGUAGAUACUUCAGUUUCUGUUUCAGAGGACCACGAGGACCCUCGCCAACCUUUUUGAACUUUGCUCGAGUCGUAAAAAAUGUGCAUCUACUAUUAAAACUACGUGUAGGAACAACAAGAUCAGUUCUUCCAUGGAUUUUUUUCCACACGAUCCAGCUAUCCCACCAAGCACCUGAUGUUUCCAACAUUCUCUUCCUUUCACAUCAAGAGCAACUCGUCACUAAACACGUUUUUUUCAUCCAUAACUUCACCAGGAACGACGAGACUUCGUUUAUUGACGAUGACGAGCAGGGAUUGGCGGAUUUUUUGGGGGAUAGUAUGAUUUCAGGCAUGCUCACGUCUAUGAUGCCUGGAAGUGUCGCGCAGACCGAUUAUGAGGGCAAGAAAGGAAAAGGCAAGAAAGGCAAAGCAAUGAUGAAGGGGAAAGACGGAAAACCGAUGUUCUUACGGCUACUCCAAACAUGAACCCUAGUACCCUUCUCCACGUGAGAGAGAGAGUCCCGUUAAAGUACUGCGCUGGUAGUCAAGCCUGGCAGAUAAUUCUUUGAAGACUGUGGUAGUGAGGCACACCAAGAAUUAGACUUACCUCUAGCCAGGCACAUCAGUCAAUCAAUCAGGCCAGUAAUACUUCUUGCGCGAGGAUUUUAACGGGAUCAUCUAUUGACGGGACGGGUCGUUUGGGGUAGCUCUAACAAGGAUGAUGAAAGGAAAAGGCAAGAAGUUCUGAGACGCGAAGAAAGCCGAUGAUGAUGAUGAUGAUGAAGGACGAAGAGAAGAAGUUGAUGAAGGACAACGGGAAGAAGUUCUAAGAAGCCUUGUCGAUCCUUGACCAUCUUCCUUAUCAAAUUGGGCACGUCGCAACUGAAAUUCUUUAGUUUUCCCCAUAUAAUUACAAGGCUGCCUAACAGGAACAGGCCUUCAGGGACGCGACGUAAGCUUCCGAAGAACCGACUUAUGGACGUACUAGCCUCUGGCUCUGACCUGCAAGGAGGCAUCAAGUUCAAGAUGUUAACCCACUGUCACAGUCACGCCUCCUAUGCGUGUAGUAGAGACCUCAGUUCCAGAAGGUGUCAGUGUCUCCCCGGCUCAUGUGCUGUAUAGAAGUAUUUGCUCACUUUCUGAAGAUGUCUUUUCUGCUCUACUGGAGUUCUUGAGAAAUCUUCACAACCCUUCUGCUCCCAGUGCCGAUGUGCCUACUAUCUAUGUGACCCCCGUUUGAUCAACAUCUUCAAGAGAAGUAUUCGCUUGAUAAUUCAGCAUCUGAAAAAUACAGAUUCUCUUUCUCCGACCCUGAUCAUAGUCGAGCAAUGCUG